UCUGCAUCAUCCCUGGCUCAAGCCUCCGUCACUACCUCUGAAGUGACGUUAGAUUUGUGGUUACAGCGGCGAAGAGUUCGUUCGAUGGCUCUCGAAGCCCCAGCGCAAUCAUCCGUCUGGGAUAUUUAAAUGUGAGGUUACGUUUAAGAGUUAGUCUGAUUCAAGGAGAUCCAGAAAGCUGGAUUCUGACUGACUGUCGGCCAUGUAAAGGGCAUAAGCGAAAUUGCAAACAGCACCUCAGGCAAAGUGUGUAUGUUAAGGGCAUAUAGAAAUGACAUCAGCUGUUUGUAUAGUUUUUGUGCAGUGUAGUUGGGUAGUUUGUAUAGAGAAACAGAACAAAAGAGGAGGUUGGACGUGGUUCUCAUUGGUGGUGUAUAAAUAUGAGACCAAAUGACCGUCAUCUGUUCAGCACCUGAUCUCCAGACUGCUUGCCAUGUAUCUGGGGUGGCUGAUAUUUUAUCUGGCCUCAGUCGGCUUACUUGCAUGCAAUGAUGCCUAAUUUAUUGUUUUUAUAACAGCUCUCCGUCUGCUGCUGGAAACUGCAGUUACAAGGCGCUUAUCGAACAUCUCGGCCUGGGCAGUGGUGACGUUCAGAUGACAUCCAUGCGGCCCGUGUCUAUGUGGGAAACCCCUACCCUGGUUUAUAUGGACCUGUAUGUGACCUCCAUCACAGAAGUGAACGAGAAAGCCCAGAGCCUAUCAACGCAAGUCACAAUUUUGUAUGGUUGGGUGAAUGAUUUCACAGUCUGGAACCCAGAAGACUUCUGUGGAAUCAGAUUCUUUUCAUUUAAAAAGGACAUGGUUUGGACUCCAGACAUCGAAAUCACUGAAAGCAUCAAGACCGAGUUUGCAACGACGGAGAACCAGUAUGUCCAGUUGCAGAAUCAAGGCGCCGUUGUGACGUCUAACACCUUAGCCGCGACCACGACCUGCGAGAUGAACCUGCACCAGUUUCCCUUCGACGUCCAAAGCUGCAUGUUCACCCUUCAGUCUCCGAUCCAUUCAAACAAGGAGCUGGUAAUCAACCCGUACUCUGACGCUUCAUUCCUGACCUUCAGCUCCAAGAAGGCCUUUCAGACUCAGGGAGAGUGGGAACUCCUCAAUAUAAAUACGUCCAAAGCCAAUUUCAGCACUCUAGGAGAUCCGCACGAUCAGCUGAUAUACAAGAUCACCCUGAAGAGGAGACCUCUGCUGUAUGUCAUCAACUUUCUGAUGCCAGUGCUUUACUUCCUCAUUCUGGAUCUGGCCUCCUUCUUCGUCGAUUCAACCGGAGGAGAGAAGCUGGGUUUUAAAGUAACUCUGCUUCUGUCCAUUUCCGUCUUACUGCUGCUUCUCCAAGACAUGCUGCCCUCCACCGCCAGUGAUAUUCCCCUGAUCGGGGUUUAUUGCGUCGUCAUCUUCACUCUCAUUGGCAUCAGCGUCCUGGAGACCAUUUUGGUGAAUUUUCUGAUCGCAAAAGGAAAGACGACCGUUUCAGUGAAGAAAAAGGAAAGCUCAUCUGCUCUCUCUGAUGUGGUGAAGGACACCGAAGGCUCUCCAGGCUCAGAAACAGACAGGCAUGAAGAACAGCGGUAUACUUCUGACGCCCUAAAGCAGAUCCUCGGGGAGCUUCAGGCUGCUGCUCAUCUAAAUGAAAAAGAAAGGAAAGGCCUGUGCUGGACCAGAGUGGCAACAAUAAUAGAUGUGGUCUUCUACUUUCUGUACUUGAUCACAGUUAUUGUGUUUCUGUUAACCCUGUUCAAGGCUUGGUUUCCGUGAGUUAACUUGAAAUAACAUGACAAAUAUUUCUCCUGCAUUUAUUAAUCUUAAUGUUAAUUUCAGCAUGCACUAAAAUCAAAAGUUAAUGUCAUUCAUUGGCCUUUAGCUAACAUGAACAAGCUGUAUUUUUACUAACGAUAAAAGUUAAUUAGUUAAACUGUAUAAAAUGUAUUGCUAGUUAAUUUUAGUUAGCACUUAAACUUUCUUUUAACGUGUUACCGAUAUCUCUGGUGAUUUCAUAUUAGAAAAAUAAUAACUUUUGAUAUUUAACUCAUUUUAAAAUGAUUUGAAAUGGUAAUGGCAUAUCUGUUCAUAGCAACCUAUGGCUGAGUGUUUGCAUGAGAGAUGAAAGAUUAAAAUUUGUUACCGUUUACGUCAUCCUCAUGUCAAUACAAAAUUGAUUUAUUCUGCACAACACAAAUUAAGGUUGGGGUAAUGUUAAUUUAUAAAUGCAUUUAUGUUCCGUGUUAGUUCAUGUUUGUUACUUGUUGAAAUAAAACGAUUACUAAUUAAAUAAUUUAGCACGUAGAAAUUUGCAUCAGCCAAGAUUCACAAAAGCUUUAAAAAUAUUUUUUAUUCGGUUCAGGUUGACUUGAACGAUGCAAUGUUAAUGUAUGCACUGUAAAAAAUUACCAUGAUUUUAACAGAAAAAAAAACUGAAAAAGCUACAGUAAAAACCUGCUGACGGUAAUUUUUUUUGUAAACUUUACGGGGGAGAAAUUAAAUCGACGGUCCCAGAA